CUUAGUUUUAGAGCUCUACCACCACCAAAGACAAACACCCGAAACAUAAUAGUCCUGAAUUCUCGGAAUCUUAAUUCCCUCACAAAUUGUAAAAACCAAAUCCGAGGAAUCAGAAAGAUAGAGAGGCAGCGAGGAAAUUAAAAUUUAAAAAUGCAGGGAAUUCUAACGAGAAGGGUAUUUUCGAGAAAAAUUUCCCUGUGCUCACAACGCUGCUUCUCUCAACUAGCCCAGAGGACCGCCUCUCUUCAAGAAAAUGAUGUCACUGUUCCGAAAAUGCCCCCCUUUGAUUACUCUCCUCCGCCUUAUAAUGGUCCCACCGUCGAUGAGAUCAUGGCCAAGCGAAAAGCUUAUCUCAGCCCUUCAUUGUAUCAUUUAUACAAGAAACCUGUGAACGUGGUAGAUGGGAAGAGGCAGUACUUGUUCGACGAUGAAGGCCGGCGAUACCUGGACGGUUUUGGAGGAAUAGCUACGGUGGGUUGUGGCCACUGCCACCCGGACGUGGUGGAGGCUAUUGUCAAUCAAACCAAGCGCUUGCAACACUCCACUGUCCUCUACCUCAACUCCGCCAUCGCUGACUUUGCCGAGGCCCUUGCUUCCAAGUUGCCCGGCGAUCUUAACGUGGUGUUGUUUACGAAUUCUGGGACGGAAGCGAAUGAGUUGGCUUUAAUGAUGGCGAAGUUGUAUACAGGGUCCCAUGACAUAAUAUCACUUAGAAACGGGUACCAUGGAAACGCCGCUGGAACUAUGGGGGCCACAGGACAGAGCGUUUGGAAAUACAAUGUUGUUCAGUCUGGAACCCAUCAUGCCUUGAAUCCAGACCCGUACAGAGGUGUUUUUGGUUCAGAUGGAGAAAAGUAUGCCAAAGAUGUCCAAGAUCUCAUUGAAUAUGGAACUUCUGGCAAUGUUGCUGCUUUUGUAUCUGAAACAAUUCAGGGAGUGGGGGGGAUUGUAGAAUUGGCCCCUGGUUACUUGCCUCCUGUUUAUAGCAGUAUAAAGAAAGCAGGAGGCCUUUGUAUUGCUGAUGAGGUUCAGGCUGGUUUCGCUCGCACUGGGAGCCACUUUUGGUCGUUUGAGGCUCAAGGGGUCACGCCCGACAUUGUGACAAUGGCAAAGGGCAUUGGAAAUGGAAUUCCCCUUGGGGCAGUGGUAACCACACCUGAGAUUGCAAAGGUCCUGACUCGCCGCAAUUUCUUCAACACCUUUGGUGGGAAUCCAGUAUGCACUGCCGCAGGACUUGCAGUUUUGAGGGUGAUUGAAAAAGAAAAUCUUCAGGAGAAUGCACAUGUUGUGGGGUCAUACUUGAAAGACAGACUAACUGCACUAAAGAACAAAUAUGAAAUUAUUGGGGACGUUAGGGGAAGAGGAUUCAUGCUAGGAGUUGAACUUGUCACUGAUCGCCAGCUGAAAACUCCUGCAAAGGCUGAAACUUUGCAUGUAUUGGACCAGAUGAAAGAAUUGGGAGUAUUGAUAGGGAAAGGCGGAAUCUAUUCAAAUGUAUUUAGAAUUACACCUCCCCUCUGCUUCACCAAGGAAGAUGCAGAUUUCCUUGUAGAUGCCAUGGAUUACUCGGUUUCUAAGAUGUGAAGCCCUCAAGUUCAAUGUGGACAUAAAUGUCUUUGUCUGCUCGUUCACAUUUUGUACUAACUAGUGGUGUAUCAUGUCAAAGUCUAAUGCUAGUGAAAAACUUCAAUAUCAUAUCUAUACAAGGUUUCUGCUUGAAUAAGUUGCUAGGGUCUUUAAAAACGAUGAGACAACAACUCGUUGUCUCUCAGUUAAUCUAUUUGUGUUCAUUGUUGUUC